AUGUCAAGCAUAUGCUCUGAGAUUCCUUCCAGCUUUUUGCUUCAGCCUCUUAAGCUCUUGCGAGAAGAAAACAAAGUGGUCAAGCGGGCCCUGCCUCGCCCCUCCCUCACCACGCUGGGGAGCACGUACGCAUUCGUCUGCCAACUCAUCAUCCACCAACUAGCCCUAAGCCAACUAGCCCUCAGCCAACUAGACACGAAUCAACUGGCCAUGAAUCAAUCAAGCUCACCAGACAUGAACCAGCCAGGCACAAGCUUACUUGGUAUGAACCAACUGGACAUGAACCAACCGAGCACAAGCCUACCUGACACUAACCAAUUGGAUCAACCAGGCAUGAGACAAACAGGCCCAUGCCAAAUAAUCAUGAGGCAACCUGGCACGUGGCAAGCAGGACUGAGCCAACCAGGCAUGAGGCAAACAGUCGUGGGCCAAUCAAGUACGAGCCAAUCAGGCAUCAGUCAGCCAGGCCUCAGUCAAUCAGGCAUGAGUCAAAUGCAACCAGGCCUGAGACAAUCCAGUAUGGGUGAACCAGGCAUGACGCAACCAUGCCUGAGACAAUCAAUCAGGAGUCAACCAAGCAUGAGGCAACCAUGCUUCAACAAAUCCAGCACAAGUCAAUCAGUUCUGAGCCAAUCAGGCACAAGCCAAACAGGCAGGAGCCAACCAGGCAUGAGGCAACCAGGCCCGAGCCAAUCAAGUGCGAGUCAGUCAGGCCCGAGCCAAUCAAGCACAAGCCAAAAAUGCACCAGCCAACCAAGCACGAGGCAGCCAGUCAGGAGCCACUCAAGCAGGAGGCAACAAAGUGUGAAUUCUUUCCAAGUAAGACCUGCAGAGGCUCGAGACUGCUGGGACAUCCUGCGUCUAAUUAAAGAAUUGGCUGCCUGUGAAAACAUGCUAGAUGCAGUGAAGUUAACAGCAAAGGAUAAGAUGCUUUAUGAUUUAUUCAGGGAUGGCUUUGGAGAUAAUCCCCUUUUCUACUGCCUGAUUGCAGAAGUAUGCAAUCAUCAAAAACCAUCAGGCAGAGAGACUGUUGGAUUUGCCAUGUACUACUUUACAUACGACCCCUGGAUUGGCAAGUUACUUUAUCUAGAGGACUUUUAUGUCAUACAAGCUUACCGAGGUCUAGGUAUUGGAGCUGAAAUGCUGAAGAGGCUAAGUCAGGCUUCUAUUGACUACUACACUCGUCGAGGGGCUUUAGACCUUUCCUCUGAGGAGGGCUGGCAUCUGUUCAGGUUUAACAGAGAAGAACUCAUGGACAUGGCAGGGGAAGAGUGAAAGAUGACUCAUCACAAAUUGUCCCAAUAUAGGCUCCAACAUUUGAAUGUCACCUGAGUCCAGCAGCAGUUUGACUUUGAGUGUUGCAUAAUACAGCAAGUGAACAAACUCUGGUUUCAGCAGAUCUUUUACUCCGAAACAGAUUUUACAGAU